AGAGCCAGGGCAGAAGAGAGGAGCAUCGAGACACCAACAGACUUCUUCUCUCAACUCAACAAAAACCCACCUCCCAUUGUCAUGGAUUGCUGUGCUCUCCGCUCCUGCAGCGUCCCCACUGGCCCUGCCACCACCUUCUGCUCAUUUGAUAAAAGCUGCCGCUGUGGAGUCUGCCUACCCAGCACCUGCCCACAUGAGAUCAGCCUCCUUCAGCCCAUCUGCUGUGACACCUGCCCCCCACCCUGCUGCAAGCCUGAUACCUAUGUGCCAACUUGCUGGCUGCUCAACAACUGUCACCCGACUCCCGGACUGAGUGGGAUCAACCUGACCACCUAUGUUCAGCCUGGCUGUGAGAGUCCCUGUGAGCCCUGCUGUUAACCAGCCGAGUCUGCACAGGUUCCGUGAGGUGGCUGCCCAAUGUCCUCUGCACCAUCUGGGCUUCAGCACUCACUACUGCCUACAUCAAGGCUAAGGCCAUCCCAAUCCCCGGGGCCAAGUCUUGAUGAAUCUUCUUAAUUCUUUGCACCUUUGGGUACAGUUGGAGACCUCCUUUCUGUCUUUUAGGCUAUUUCAUCACUCUUUGAGAAAUAACCAUUUUGACUAUUUGUUAAUAAACUUUAUUCUGGCUUAGCAAA